UUGGGACUGCUGCCCAACCCUCUGGAGGCCAUUUCAGUCUAGCUGUUAUUUUAUUUCCACUGAGUUACUGUCUUGGGCUGAGAGUCGGAAUAGCUGCCUCGCUAUGGGAGCUGACCUGGUGGUGAUCACCACGAAGAAUGAGCAGGAUUUCAUCAUCCAAAAUCUGAAUAUAGAUUCUGAUUAUUAUGUGGGGCUCUUGGAUCCAGAGGGUCAGAAUCAUUGGCAAUGGGUUGAUCAGACACCAUACAACCAAAGUGCCACGUUCUGGCACACUAAGGAACCCAAUAUGCUUGAUGAGCGCUGUGUGGCAGUGAAUUUUCGUAAAGAAGAGAGUAGACAUUGGGGCUGGAAUGAUGUGCACUGCCACAUACCCCUGAAGUCAGUCUGCGAGACGAAGAUCUGCUUGUGAAAUACUUUCACAGGAAUGGUUUUGGUUGCCCCCCGCCAUUAUAGAUAGCAAGUUUGUUCUUUUUAGGUAUGGGUAAGAUUUGCACCAGGAAGGUCAUUAAACUUUUCAGUGGGGUCUCACCAG